UUGCAAUUUUAAAUAUAAAAAACAAAAUCACACAACUGCACAAAUAUAUUAGGGUUAGAAGCUACAACAUGCCAAGGACACCUCGGGCGGCUACCAUUUAUCAAAAUAAUGGUAACGGCAUUACCUUGGUGUCAGAGGUCAACUGUGGACAAAGCCAGCUCUUAACACCUGUGACCAAAACAGAGGGACGGCAUUUAGCUUCUACUGUAUCGCCAAUCAUCAUUGACCAAUAUGGACAGACACCUGACCACUAUUAUUUAGCAAGAAACCCACCAAAGCCUUCAUUGGCGAGGAAUCAGGUGAAGCGACGUUUAGAUUUAGAAUGUCCAGAGGGAAGCAAUACCAGUGAAGGUUUCAAAACACCAAGGGCCAAAAGGGGGCGUUCCUGGAGCUCAUAUGAUAGUCCUAAAGUUAAGUCCCCAGCAGAGAAGACGAGACUUGAUACGUCACUGGGACUUCUUACCAAACGAUUUGUUGGUUUGUUAACAUCUGCACAUAAUGGAGUGGUUGAUCUGAAUAAAGCAUCGUCACUUCUGGAUGUCCAGAAACGACGUAUUUAUGACAUAACCAAUGUAUUAGAAGGAAUAGGACUUGUAGAAAAGAAAUUAAAAAACAACAUACAGUGGAGAGGUGAUCAUCAUGCUGUGUCUGCUGCUCAAGAGAAAUUGGAAAAAGAUCUUGACUUGUUAGAUGCCAGAGAAAAUCAGUUGGAUGAGCUUAUUCAGUGUGCAAAGCUAGAACUGAAAAUGGUGACAGAAGCUGAAGAAAAUAAGAGAUAUGCAUAUGUAACAUACCGUGAUCUUCGUUGUACAUCAUCGCUGGCCGAUCAGACAGUGGUAGCAAUCAAAGCCCCGCCAGAGACUAGACUCGAGGUUCCUGAUCCCAGUGAAAAACUACAAAUAUGGUUAAAAAGUGAUAAUGGAGAAAUUGAAGUUUACUUAUGUCCAGAGGAUGAAGAAAAGCGAGAUGAAGGGACGUCAUCAGGGGUUGAAGAUACUAAUUCAAGGGAUAGCUUAAAAGGAGAUCCUACCUUGAAAUUUGCUUUGAUUACAGAAGAUGACGACUUAGCUCCUAUGGGAAAAAACUUCUUGUUACAAACGGAAGAUCAGAAUGAUGAACCCUUACCGUUUCUUCACUUUGAACUGCCUCUAUCAGAAGAUGACUACAGUUUUACCCUUGAUGAUGCAGAAGGAUUAUCUGAUCUUUUUGAUGCAUACAACCUUGCUGUUUGAUUGAUGAAACUAACUUAAAGAAAUGGAUGAUGGAGUCUAGCCAAAUAAGCCACUGCUGGUCCCGUGGCUUGAGCCAUAAGUUUCAAAAUGGCACAUUGUGGUGUUAGUUAUUUUGAUGCAUUAUUUUAACUCAUGCUGGAAGUCUGAAAAGAUUAAUUUUUAAUGAGAGCUGUUUCAGAUAGACAGAUAGAUUAACCUCUUUCAUUUCCUGACGUUUGAGAAGCAAGUGUACCAUACAAAGCUGAUAGAUGUUUUGUAAAUUAGUCUCUGGAAAUGGCUGUGUAUACACUUUUUACAAACAACGAAAUUGCAUGUAGAGAUCAUAUGCUCUUAUUGAAUUAUUUUGCAUAUUUGAAAUAGUUUUAGUAAUUCUUCUAUAGGACCCGGUUUUCUAUAAAUAAAUAAUCAUUUUAUAACUUUAAUCUUAUUGACAACUUUUCCCCUUAUUCAACAUAAACUUAUUGUAGUAGUGAUUUUUAAUCGGAAAGGUUUUAUUUUGAGUAAUUCUUUCGAUGUGUUACUUUUUUCAUAGAUUUGUGGCUAAUAUUUAUCAACUUAAAUUUUAACUUUGUGUUAUUAACUGUUCACAGAAGUUGUACUAAAAUGAGAGGGGAUUUAGGAAAGAGGAUUAAAGAAUAUUUUAAUGUAAUAUAAUUUUUUUUUCAGAUAUUGAAUUAAUCCUGUUUCAUUGUAGUUUUGUGUUCAAGAAAGAGAAUAUAAAUUCUGUUGUACAUGGUUAAUUUACAGAGUAUAAGCUUGAUAGUCUUCUCAGCAAUGAAAUGUUUAGUCUGUUUCCAAUUAAAAAAAUUUCUGUCUUCGUUAUUUUUAAACUUCUUUUGUGUCAACUUUUCUCCAUUUCGGUACGUUUGAAAUUCUGAACUCUUCUAUGUGAUUGUUGAAAUAGUUUGUAAAGCUUUCUUGUUUUCCAAAAUGGUAGAUUUUUAAACAUUUUCAACAGUAAAAGUUACAAAUAAAACGACCUGUAUUCUCCAGAUAAUAACACUUUUAUUACAACCUAUGUUUUGCCAUUGAGGAUUCGUUAGAGAUUGUACAAAAAAAGAUACUUAAACUUGUGAAAUAUUUUUUGGUGUUCUAUUUCCCCAGAAUGUUUUAAUAUACUUUUAACAAUGUUCAGUUUAUUAUUUUUAGUUGCUCUAAGAUUAGAUUAUAAUAUAGUUUGAUAUUUUUUACUUUUGAAGAAGAGUAGUCAAAUGUUCUAAAAGCCCUUGAGUUUCUGGGUCCUUUGAAAUUUCCUUUUUUUUUUUGUAUGUGUGAUUAUCGGUUAUAAUCAAACACAAUUAUAUACUCUCUAAUGGCACAGUGGUCUGUCUGAAGUCUUAUAAUGCUAAAAACUGGGUUUUGAUACUUGUGGUGGGCAUAGUACAGAUAGCCCAUUCUGUAGCU